GCCAGGAUGCCCACUAACGGUACAAACUGUCCACUGAAGCUGCAGUUUGGUCUGAUCAACCACGAGAGUCGCUACCUCACCGCAGAGGCCUUUGGCUUCAAGGUGAAUGCGUCGGCCCCGAGUCUGAAGAGGAAGCAGGUGUGGACAUUAGAGCAGGACUCCCAGGACCCCCAGGUGGUUUACCUCCGCAGCCAUCUGGGCCGCUACCUGGCUUCCGACAAGGAUGGCAAGGUCACCUGUGAGGCCGAGGGCCGGAACACAGACUGCCGCUUCCUAAUCGCUGCCCAGUCAGACGGCCGCUGGGCACUUCAGUCGGAACCCUACCUGAGGUUAUUCGGAGGUUCCCGGGACUACCUGUCCUGCUUCGCCCAAGUUAUCACAGAGGCAGAGUUAUGGGCGGUGCACCUGGCGCUCCAUCCGCAGGCCAACCUGCUCAGUGUCGCCCGCAAGCGCUAUGCCCACCUGUCACCCGACGACGGCGAGAUCGCCGUGGACCGGAACAUUCCAUGGGGCGUGGCGGCGCUCCUGACGCUCGUCUACCUGGAGGGGAAGUACCGGCUCAAGACCUGUGACAGCCGUUACCUUGUCAACGACGGGAAGCUGUCAGCGGAGAGCGGGCGGGGCACGGGGUACACGCUGGAGCUGAAGUGUGGGAAGCUGGCGUUUAAGGACUGUGAGGGGAAGUACCUGAGUCCCAUGGGGCCCACGGGGACACUGAGGUCUGGCAGGUGCAGCAAGCCGGGGAAGGACGAGCUGUUUGACCUGGAGGAGAGCCACCCUCAGGUGGUGCUGAUGGCAGCCAAUGGGAAAUACGUGUCUAUACGGCAACGUGUGAGUAUCUCGGCAAACCAGGAGGACGAGACGGACCUGGAGACGUUCCAGAUGGAGAUUGACAAGGAGAGCAGGAAGUGUCUGUUUCGGACCAACGAGGGGAAAUACUGGGCCCUGGUGGCCCACGGAGGCAUCCAGACUACGACCACAGAGAGGUCUGCCAACACCAUGUUUGCAGUGGAGUGGAUGGGCCGCAGGGUGGCACUAAGAGCCAGUAACGGGAAAUACAUCUGCACCAAGAAGAACGGCCAGCUAGCAGCCAUCAGCGACUCCAUAGGUGAGGAUGAGAAGUUGAUUCUGAAGCUGAUAAACCGUCCCAUGCUGAUCCUGCGAGGGUUGAACGGCUUCAUCUGCCACCAUAAGAACUCCAACACGCUGGAUGCCAACAGAUCAGUCUAUGACAUCUUCACACUGCAUUUCAGUGACGGGGCGUACCACAUCAAAGGUGAGGGAGGGAGGUUCUGGUAUGUGAACAGCAGUGGUCUGGUAUGUUCAGACGGAGAGACACCAGAUGACUUCUCAUUUGAGUUCCUGGAGCACGGACGCAUCGCCAUCCGAGGCAAGAACGGCAGAUACCUGCGAGGUCAGGGGGGCAUGCUGAAGGGCGACGGGGUUACCCCCGACAGCUCUGCCCUCUGGGAGUACUGA